AUGCCAGCGAGUCCUCCCAACAGCACACAUCCAAAUCGUCACUUUCAAGUGGAACGGCCAGUGCGUGCCUGUGAACCAUGUCGACGUCGAAAGCGCCCAUGCAAUGGAUUGCGCCCUUGUGCGCACUGCAAGGAGUCUCAAAUUGAUUGUGUCUAUAGCGUUGUAGCCGAUCUGCCACGUUCAGUGUUUACUACAAGCAGUGCUCGUCGUCUCAGCUCUGGCUCAGCCUGUGAAACAUGUCGUCGACGCAAGACAAAGUGCGAUGGGGGUAGUCCUUGUGGUUUCUGUGCUGGUGCUGGCAUUGAGUGCAUUAACAAUUCCGAACGACGUCGACGUGCUUCCCACCAACAAUUGCCACCUGACAAUGAGGCCAUUGACCGCAUCGAGGAUCGCUUACGCCGCAUUGAGAAACUCAUGACAGCCUUCACACCAACGACCAAUAGCCCACUUGCAAAUAGCAACACAACUAGCCAUCGUGCAGCUGCAAGACGUCAUCGUCAUUCAGUACAAGGUAUUGUGGCUGUCAAGGAACAAGCAGAAUUGAAUGCUAUCUAUGGACGAAAGAAGCAUCAUGAAGGCAUGUCGCCACCUGGAUCCCCACUUGGAGAUAACGCAGCAGCAGCAUCAUCAUCAUCAUCAUCAUCAUCACCGCCCAUGAUUCGACAAAGCUCAGUUGGCAGCACACAGCCACUCACUAGUUCCAUGCUUAAUCUCACCUUAUCACCUUCGUCAUCCACAUCCUCAGCAGCAUCUGCUCUUCCUCCAUUGGCUUCAUCCAUGUCAACACCUUCAUCAGCAGAAUGGGAAUCAUCAUCGCCAUCAUCAUCAUCACUACCAACUAUUCCAAGUUUGAUGGAUCAACUUUCAAAACGUACUUUUGGCAAUACACCAUCGUUCACUUUUCCGCCUUAUCCACUCACCCCUCCUCCACGUCCUCCACCCUCUUCACUCGAUUAA